UGAGAUCUUUCUUAGAUGAUUCGUAACAAAUGUAACGCAUCUUUGUCAUUAAAACGCUUUGUAAAGCGCACAACAAACAUGGCCACCGUUGAAUCAAUGGUUGUGGAAGAGCAGCGUGAACCAGAGAAGCCUGUAGACAGAGAAAAGACCUGCCCCUUGCUGCUGAGGGUCUUCAACAACAUUGGGCGGCACAAUGCUAUGAGUGAAUACCACCGUGGUCAAACCCCAGCAAACGAACUCCAAAUCUACACAUGGCUAGAUGCAACACUGAAGGAACUAACAAGUCUCGUCAAAGAAGUGAACCCCGAAGCCCGGCGGAAAGGAACAUUUUUUGACUUUGCAAUCGUGUAUCCGGAUCCCAGGGCCCCCGUGUAUAGACUGAGAGAAAUUGGCACCACAUGUGCGGGACACAAAGGACAAGACGAUGGAGUCAGUCUCGCCAACAAAAAAUUUGUCAUCGGAGAUUUCCUUGACAUUGCCAUCACACCCCCCAGAAAUGAGCGACCUAACCAACGGAGAAACCGACCACCUUACUGAUCCAGUCGCUGAAGUCAUGGUCAUCAUCUAUCAUUGGUCUCAGACAGGGGGGUUUAAUUUUUUGUCCCAUCAUUUUAUGUGUAACUGUCAGCAUAGAUUUGAAGAAAAGAAGUAAAUGAAUCUGACAAAAUUUGUUUUUAACCAGAUAUAGCGUGUCCUAAGUAAACAUUGAGUACAUGAAAUCAUUGAAGAAUAUUUCAUCUUUAUCCAUUGCUCAGAAAGAAACAUGUUUAUUUCUGUUUGGUUAUCUAUGGUAGCUUUUAUUAUGGAAUGUCGUCUGGAAUGCACUGAAGAAUGUUUUAUGUAGGCUAUAGAAUGAAUGUACUUGUAAUAAAAUUCUUUCUUUCCAUCA